AUGGCUCAGCCUCCAGGUAAGCUGAUGGACACAAUCAGAAGGCCGGUCACAGCAGCUUCAUCUCUUGGCCAAUCAGCGGCAAAUCAUCUCCAGCCACUGGUCACAUUGGCUCAGAGGAAUGGAGUUAACAGGAGGUGCCUCCUCACUCUGCUGGCAUCCGCCGCAGCCAUACCCGAGGCCAGUGAAUCAAGAAAGGCGCUAUUGCAAGAUUAUGUGAAGAGGUCAAAGGAAAACAAAGAGAAGAAUGACAAGGAGAGGCUGGACGACUUUUACAAGAGGAAUUACAAGGAUUAUUUCGGUUUCAUGGAAGGCUCGGUUAGAGAGAAGCCAGCGGAGGAGCUCACGGAGUCGGAGAAAGGAAUUCUUGCGUGGCUUGACAAGAACAAGUAG